CGGAGCGGGAGGAGGGUUCCUAGGAGGAGGCGCCGAGGCGGGCGGGGGCCGGGUGAGGUAUCUUUCCGGCGCAGAAGAGAAGGAUUUAUGAUGACUUCACAGUUCCAGGGUUGAACAGGAGUUUCCAAGAAGUGCCAGCAUCAUUUUUUUCUUCAAUGAAACUGAAGAAUGCGUUCAGUAGCGCUUCUCAGCAGCUCUGCAGCCUGUGGAGAGUGUGGGUAGUCUGUAUUCAGCAUCCUGCAACUGUGUGUCCCCUUGAAGAAGUGAUCUGCUGAAAGUAAAUACUUACAAGACAGGCUGGAACAAUCCUUUUGCACUGCUCUCGAAGUCUGAAAUACCUAGUUUCUGAUACUACCUGGAAUUUGCAUUUCUUUUGCUAAAGAAACGCUACCUGCUGCAGUUAUCCAGGGUUUCUCAAGGAGCAAGGAAACUGAAGAUGACUCUGCUUGCUUUUUAUUCAGUUUGGGCUGUUUUGCUGGAAUUGGCAGUGGCAUUUGGUCCUGUACCAAGAAUCACUUGGGAACACAGAGAGGUCCAACUAAUACAUUUUCAUGAACCUGGAGUGUCAAACUAUUCAACCUUGCUGUUAAGUGAGGACAGAGAUGUUCUAUACGUAGGAGCCAGAGAAGUCAUUUUUGCAUUAAAUGCAGUGAAUAUUGCUGAAAAACAGCAUGAGUUGCACUGGAAGGUCACUGAAGAUAAAAGGACCAAAUGUGCAGUCAAGGGCAAAUCAGAACAGACUGAGUGCCGUAACUAUGUGCGUGUCCUGCAACAGCUAAACGAUACUUUUCUCUACGUGUGUGGUACUAAUGCAUUUCAGCCAACUUGUGAUUACCUGAAUUUAAUUUUGUUUGAGCUUGAAGGUAAGAAUGAAGAUGGUAAAGGCAGAUGCCCAUUUGAUCCUGCUCAAAGUUACACAUCUGUUAUGGUUGAUGAGGAGCUUUAUUCUGGGACUUCUUACAAUUUCUUGGGAAGUGAACCUAUUAUUUCACGGAACUCUCAUCAGAGUCCUCUGAGAACAGAAUAUGCAAUACCUUGGCUUAAUGAGCCAAAUUUUGUUUUUGCUGAUGUUGUAAGAGCAGAUCAAAACAGCACAGAUGGAGAAGAUGACAAGAUAUACUUCUUUUUCACUGAGGUGUCUGUGGAAUAUGAGUUUGUUGGAAAACUUAUGAUUCCAAGAAUAGCUAGAGUGUGCAAGAGGGACCAAGGAGGAUUAAGGACUUUGCAGAAAAAAUGGACUUCUUUUCUCAAGGCCAGAUUGAUAUGCACCAUUCCUGAUAAGAAUUUAAUUUUCAAUAUCAUCAAUGAUGUUUUUAUUCUGAAGUCUCCAACCUUGAAGGAACCAGUGAUAUAUGGAGUCUUUACCCCACAGCUGAAUAAUGUGGGACUGUCAGCCGUGUGUGCCUACAAUUUGUCUACUAUAGAAGAAGUUUUCUCAAAAGGAAAGUAUAUGCAGAGUGCUACAGUAGAACAGUCCCAUACCAAGUGGGUACGGUACAAUGGGGAGAUUCCUAACCCUCGACCUGGUGCAUGUAUAAACAGUGAAGCCAGAGCCUUGAACUACAUGACUUCUCUGAAUUUACCAGACAAAACGCUGCAGUUUGUUAAAGACCAUCCACUAAUGGAUGAUUCAGUGACUCCAGUGGGAGACAGACCCCGCCUUGUAAAGCGAGAUGUGAAAUAUACCCAGAUUGUAGUAGACAGAGUCAGAGCACUCAAUGGUACAAUAUAUGAUGUUAUGUUCAUCAGUACAGAUCAAGGAGCUUUGCACAAAGCUAUCAGCUAUGAAAAUGGAAUGCAUAUUAUUGAAGAAACACAGCUUUUCCCAAACUUUGAGCCAGUUCAAACACUCAUACUUUCAUCCAAAAAAAGCAGAAGAUACCUCUACGCUGGUUCAAAUUCUGGUGUGGUUCAAUCUCCUGUGGCAUUCUGUGAGAUGUACACCACUUGUUUUGACUGUGUUUUAGCAAGGGAUCCUUACUGUGCUUGGAAACCUCUUGAGGGUUCUUGCGUUGAUAUUUUUCAAGAAAGUGAAACUGAAAGGAACUGGAUUCAGAACAUAGGUGGAGACGCAUCCUCUUGUUCUGAUAAAGUAAGAGAGAAUUCGCUACAGCAUACAUUCAAGCAUGGGAGCACAGCAGAGCUCAAGUGUUCUCAGAAGUCCAAUCUGGCACAGGUAGUUUGGAAGUUCAGGGAUGACGUACUGAGAGUGGAGAGUCCCAAAUACCGUCUACUGGAAAAGGCAUUGCUCAUCUUCAAUUUAUCAGAAGGAGACAGUGGUGUUUACCAGUGUCUGUCAGAAGAAAAAGUGAAGAAUAAGAAAUUCUCUCAGGUGUUGGCUAAGCACGUUUUGGAACUGAAGAAAGUCCAGCAUACUACAGCAAGCCCAGUUGUGGCAGCUGCACCAAUAGAAGGUAAUAGUGAAGUACCAAAAGUGUCAGCUGUAUCAACUGAGGGCCCUACUGCUCAAACCUCAACCACUCAGAUUGUACCAGUAACAACUGCGAGGAUAAUAACAAAACCCAUUGGCCCUGUCCUAACAAGUGCAACUUCCAACAUAGAGCUUUUCAAUUCACUUCCUGACACAGUCCCUGAAAAGACAAUGUUUCUGAAGUCAAAUGAUAACUUCCUGUUGAUGUUCCUGUUCCUCUUCUUUUUUAUUCUCUUCUUGUGCCUGCUUUCCUACAAUUGUUACAAAGGGUAUUUGCCAGGGCAGUGCUUGAAAUUUCGCUCAGUCAUGUUGCUUGGCAAGAAAAAAACAAAGUCAGAUUUUUCUGAUUGUGAACAGAGUGUGAAAGAAACCCUGGUGGAGCAAGGCAGCGUCAGCCACCAGAGCGGGGAGCAGCCAAAGCCAGCGCAUGACACCGGCUAUGAGACGGAGCCGGACUGUGGGAAUGGACAGCUUCAGGACAGGGACGCACAGGUGCCCAGGGAGGCCAAGGACAAACCUUUUGAUGUGAAGUGUGAGCUCAAGUAUGCUGACUCAGAUGUGGAGGGAGACUGAAGGACACCACUGGUUUUGUGUUGGAAAUUAACCGUGGUACUAAAGCUAUUUUUGAGCACCGAGAACAUGGUUGUGACCACUGAGCCAUAGGCGAGCUUUACGUGCUUCAGCUACACAGCAAGCCAAUUCGCAUUCAGAUCUCACCAGAUACAGAAGCAGUGUUCUUGUCUGCAGACCAUAGCAUCUUGUAUUGUUGUAUCAGGUUUUUUUUUUUAAAUGGCCAGUUUCAGAUCCCCAUUUGUUUAUUCCUGGUUCUCACCCACACAUGGAGUACUUAACGCUGGUGAACAGCUGCCCACUCCUUUUUGGCCGUUUUCUUCCUUAGGAUAAAAGUAACUAAUUUAGUUGGCUUUAUAAAGUACUUCAGUCUGCAAAUCUUUUAGCUGCCAUUAAAAAAAAGGUCUAGUUUAAUUUGCAUUCCAAAUUGGAAAUUAAGUUUAGUUUAUCAGAUUGGUAAAUUAUAGACUAUUGUCCAAAUUGGGACAUUUUUUCUUUGCUUCUAGUGAUUAUUUUUCAUUUGAUGCUUUGUGUUUUGGCAAGCUAGAUUUCUUUAGUUGGUUAAAGUUAAUUAACUUUUAAGUAUCUUAGCUUUUAAAGAAUAUGGGGAUAUAUAGUUGGCUUGAUUUGUGUAAGAUUCUCAGGGAUAAUCUUGUUUAAAGGCUUUUUUGUCGCUGCUUUCUAGAAAUUUAGGUAACAGUAUCAGUAUAAAACUUGUGGACUGGAGUAAGAAGGGAAAAGAAUAAAUGAUAGAUUUAGAAACAUUUUAUUUUCCUUAACCAUGCUGGACAUAGUCACCUGUUUGUUUUUUUUUUUCUGUACACCAUUGGAUUUUUCCACUUUCUUUUGAUUAUUUUUUUAAUGAAACAGUACAGUCAAGCAGCUGUCACUUCGCGGUGACAUUGAGAGAGUUUUUUUGCACUGUGAAAGCAAAAAAGGAAUUGAAAAUUCCCUGCAGUAACUCAUCUUGCAACUCACUGGAAUGGACUGUUAGGAUACAGCCUGAUAAGAAAACUUUGGGGAUGUUCUUUUUUUUUCUUUUUUCUGAUUCAGAAAAUAACUUCUUUUCCUGUGACACAUCUUUGCAGCGUCACCCUUUCUGGAUGACAUCUUCUAAUCUCUUAUGCAACUGGAGACUGAAACUGGAGCUCCUCAAACAAUCAGUAAUUUGAACUGUUCAUUUGAAUCGUGUCUGCAAAAGUGAAAAUGUGCAUUUGUUCUAAUUCUGCUUCACAGCUGCACUGUUUGUCUCUAAAAGCAUUUAGUGUGGUACAGUUCCAGAGAGAAUUGUCCCUCUCACUGCAUCUUUCUGUAAAUAUUGCUAGGAGUGCAUCUAAACAGUAAAUAGCAGUGUACCUAGUCUGUUUCUCUAUGUUGAACUUUCAUGCAAACUUUAAUUUCAACCAUCUUAGUGUGAACAGUUUAUAUUUUAUAAGAUUCAGUUCGGUUUUAUUUUUCUAUUUUUAAUUAUGUACAUAUAACAGAAUAAAUAUUAAAAUAAAUUGUAUUAGACUUUGACUUUUAUGAAAGUUGACAUUAAUGGCAAUCCUAAUGGCAAGUGCUAAUGUUCCUUGUGGCUUCCUUUAAGGGGGAAAAAAAGAAAACUCUCACCAGUUUGGAGCAGGUUCUCUUCUCUUUAUUUACUUGGGUUGUAACCCUCUGGGGGAUAGAAUGGAUGGAAAAAGAUGUGAGUGAAGGAGAAAAGUGUUUUUUCCUAGGCCUCUGGGGAUACUUCCUUUUAUAACCCUUCUAAAAUUCAUUUGUCUUUUUGCAUUAUUUCUUCA